AUGUCGUUGGACAACUUACAUAUCAUAUGUUGCUUCUUCUCCGUCUCUGCCUUGGCCGAUUACCAGAUUGUCGGCUAAGUAAAGGACGUGUCAAUGUCUAUCGGCUACCCCGUCCCCGGUCAGACUUACUUCAACAUUACGCCACUGGUCGACUACUAGUCAAUGUGCAUACACAAUAAUGGUCCCAAUCAUAGGAAAUCGACCUAACCUAACCUAUUUGAUCCGAUCCCUUCCUACAAUUCAUUCAACAGGAUGAUAUAAAACUGCCCUUGUCUCUGUUACAUGCAGUAUCGUGGAUGGUGGAUUCAAAGCUCUUCCAGCUUGUCAAAGUGGGCAAUCUCACUCUCAGCCACCGCAUCGUACUGGCACCCAUGACCCGUUACAGGUCAAGGGAGAAAAGCUAUAUUCCGUAUGUCUCGAUAAUGAAGGAGUACUACGCUCAACGAGGCAGUGAUCCGGGAACACUUCUCAUCACAGAGGCGACGUUUGUGGCUCAGAAGGCUGGGAUAUACAAGAACGUGCCAGGGGCACGGACUCGGGCGCAGCAGAGUGCAUGGAAAGAGAUAACCGACGCUGUGCACGCCGAAGGGAGCUUCAUAUUCUGCCAACUUUGGGCAUUAGGACGUACGGCUGACUACACCGACCUCAAGGAGGAAAAUCCUUCCCUCGACCUUGUUGCACCUUCCGCCAUCAAGCUUACCGACUCCUUGGAAACGCCACGUCCACUCAACCUUGAUGAAAUCAAAGAGUACCCUCAGCUCUUCCCCCGUGCAGCCUUUGACGCUAUACACAAAGCAACCUUCGACGGUGUUCAGAUACACGGUGCGAAUGGAUUUCUUAUCGACCAGUUCCUGCAAGACGUGUCUAACCAGCGUACGGAUGAGUACGGAGGGAGCAUCAAGAAUCGUGUUCGGUUCGGGUUAGAGGUCCUUGAUGCUGUUGUUAAGGCUAUUGGACCACGACGGACAGGAAUCAGGCUGAGUCCUUGAGGUACCGCGCAGGAUAUGGGCAUGCAGGACCCUGUACCCACGUUCUCAUACUUCGUGUCCGAGGUUAAGAAGAGGCAUCCCGACCUUGCUUAUUUACACGUCGUGGAGCCGAGGAUCGCUGUUGACAAAUCGAAUACAUCGGAGUCGAAUGACUUCGUCCGUCGUAUAUGGUCACCGAAGCCGCUCAUUUCAGCAGGAGGAUAUACUCGGGAGAGCGCGAUGCAGACAGUUGAUAGG